UUAUUCCUGGACUUUGAAUUCAUUAUAUUUUAAUUACAGUCCAAGUUUCCCUCAGUUAAUAGUGACUUUAUAUUAAAUACAAAGCCUGUGAACUUAUACCGAUAACGGCUAUAAGGAAUUGGUGUUACUCACCGGUGUUAAGGUGUUAUUUGUUGUUUUAAAUCCACGCACGGCAAUUGUUUUGUAAGCCAGGAUUACAUACCACGUAAUACAAAUGCCUUUGUUUUCUAUUUAAACCGUGUUUAUCACGUAUAUAUUGUUCUUAAAUCUAACUACGAGAAAAUGAAUAUUUACAAACACAAUUCAUCUGUCAACUCAUCGGUGGCUUCAUCACAACUAAGCACUUAUGAAGAUACUGAUAUAGUUAAAAUAAAAAAUUAUAUUAAGGACCUAUUCAAGUCGAGAAUUUUCUUAGGUCGAUAUAUAGAGAGAAGAUUAGUAGACCAGCGGAUAGGUUAUCGGGAUGUUGUCCUAAUAAGUGCUGCAGAAACUGAGUUAAAAAGAGAUUUGCUAGAAGGACUGCACAAGUUACGUCUUGUUUGUGGUUCUCACUGGAUUGGUAUUACAGACACAGAAGGACUGGGUUCAUCUGGAAUUCACUUAUGGACAGAAAUAGAAAAUCAACCAUUUGGACCUUUCUGGUUUCAAAUUAAAACAAUAAAAUUCAGAGAACAUGAAGUUAUUGUUUUACUCAAGUGCAUUAGGCAUAUAUCUGAUGCCUUUCUGGAAUUAGAGCCCAUAUUAGCUGGUGGUAUCAAGAAACAGAAAGAAGGAACUGACAAUACAUCUGAUAAUAUUCCACUAAGUGAUACUUAUAAAGAGAUUGUUCAUAAUUUGAAAAGUGCUCUUUCAAUAACCAAUGUUAAAGAAUUCUUUACAUUUUUGUUUGCAUUUUUAAUUGCCAUAUUUACUGGGAGUACAGCAUUUGUUAACUUUCUUGGUAAUUUUGUGUUAGCACUAAUAAGGGAAAUGUCUAUAUUGGUUAAAAAUUCAACACCUAUGUUUUUAGGUUUGUUAGAUUUUUUUAGUAAGAUAGUUGGUGGUUUUUAUAUAUUACUAGCAAUGUUUUUUAAACCAAAUAAUCCUAUUCCAACCAACAAAAGAUAUAUUGCAUAUAACAGACAACAAAGGCCUAACUAUUAUGGUAAUCAACAGUAUGAUGAUAGGAACUUUGAUUAAGAAUAAAAAAAUAUUUGAUUAUAUUUAUAUAACAUAUACCAAAGUAUGUGUGAUUUAAAACUAACUCGCAUUUUCAUAUCGAUUUUAUGAUUGGGCUAUUUAUUAGUAUAGAACUGUGAAGAACUUUAUAGACUUAUGAAGUUUACAUAUUUAUCAAUCAUUAUUAGUUGCAGUAUGGUAGCUGCCUUUCCCUGUUGUUGAAAGACAUUCCUGAUUCCAUUGCAUUUGUUUUUAAUACCUUAAUUAUUAUAUGUAAUACACACUAUAUCUUAGUUACUAUAAUAAUACAUUAUUAACACUGUCCUCAACAGUUAAUAUUUGCAAAAUUUGCACAGCUUUACAUGUUAUUAAAUUACCUAUUGGUAUGUUCUUUUUGAUAAAUACAGAAAUUUA